CAAUGCUUUAGAACAGCAGCCAGUAACCCAACAAUCCCAAACGCACAGUAAACAGGUUAUGUUGCAUGCGUACAGGCACAUACGUAUACACGCUUCAUCACACACACAGCGCUAGAGUUUGUCAGCUGUAUCAGAAACCUAGUCUGUUUUAGUAGAGAGUCGGCAGUACAGUAUCAGGUGUUGGCUAGUGGACUUGCCUAAGUCGCGUCGAGGUGACUAAUUGGCAACCUACGAAGGUUUUAUAAUUCGCAUCACACACGAAAGCGGUUCACACAGAAACAUGGCGCUUAUCAUCAAGGUAGUUAACUCGCCCGGUGGCCAUCUAUAUACCACCGGAGAUGGAUUAGAACAAUUGGGGGGAUGGUCAACCGAAAAAGCUAUGGAGCUUACCCAGAAACCCGUAUCUACACAGUACGAGUCGAAGAUUAUGGACCUCGGGCUCGAUGGGCGAAGGGCCGUCAAUAUUCAGCUAUCUUAG